ACCUAUGGACAAAAAUUAAACAAAACGAAAUGAGUCGAUACUAAGGACAUGUUUUCUGCAUAGAUGGAUAGAUAGACAGAUAGAUAGAUAGACGUAGAGAUUUACUGACCACACCACUACCAAAAAGCAAAACUACUCGAAAUUAUUAUUAUUACGGACAUUCCCUGCACACACACACACACACACACACACACACACACACACCAAAAGAAGAAAAAAAGACAAGCAAUGGAAACUACGUCAAACAAAAGGCGUUGAAAUGUCAUAUAUGUGUACGCAAUGACCUGACCACGUUACAAAAUGGUCGUGAAAUCUAAUGUCCUGAGGAAGUGCUUACGACAUCGCCCUUAGAGUUAUGCUUUUGUACAUAACGUAUUACUUAACUCAGAAAUGAAAGAAGAAAAAAGGAAACGGUCUGGGAUGAAUGGGGAAAGAAGGAAGAAAUAAGUGCAAAGAUGGGGGUGUGUGAGAUGGAUGGAUGAAUGAAAGAAGGAAGGAAGGAAGAAGGAAAAGGUCUGAGAUGAGUGGAGGAAUUAAGGAAGGAAAGAAAUGGUCUGAAAUAAAUUGAGGAAGGAAGGAAAGAAGGGUGAAUAGAGGUGCUGAGAUAAGAGUGCGUGAGAUGAAUGAAUGAAUGAGUGAAUGAAGGAAGGAAGGAAAGAAGAUGCUAAAAGUGCGUGAGAUUAAUGAAUGAAUAAAGAAAGGAAGGAAGGAUGAAUGUAAGUGCUGAGAUGAGUGCGUGAGAGAAAUGGAGGAAGGAAAGGGAUAAAGGAAGUAAAAAUGGAAAUAAAGAAAACUAUGAGAUUAGAGUGGAAGGAAUGGAGGAAGGAAGGAAAAAGGAAGAAUAGAAAUAAAGGAUAGUCUGAAAUAAGUGUGCAUAGGAGGAAUGGAAAGAGAUGGAUAGCCAGAAACAAGAGGAAGAGGAAGGAAGGGGCAGUAACGAGAGGAAGAGGAAGAGGAGACGGACAGACAGAAACAAGAGGAAGAGGAAGGAAGGGGCAGAAUGAAGAGGAAGAGGAAGAGGAGACGGACAGACAGAAACAAGAGGAAGAGGGAGGAAGGGCCAGCAUGAAGAGGAAGAGGAAGAGAUAGACAGACAGAGACAUGAGGAAAAAGAAGGAAGGGGCAGAAUGAAGAGGAAGAGGAAGAGGAGACGGACAGAAAAAAGAGGAAGAAAAAGGAAGGGGCAUUAAAGAGAGGAAGAGGAAGAGGAAGAGAUACAGACAGAAACAAGAGGAGAAGGAAGGAAGGGGCAGAAUGAAGAGGAAGAAGAAGAGACGGACACAGAUAACAGGAAGAGGGAGGAAGGGACAGUAAAGAGAGGAAGAGGAAGAGAGAGAGGGAAAGGAACGCGGAUGUCAGCAGGUAGUUAUUAAAAAUUAACCGAGUAUUCCCUUGACCCCGCUGAACACGCUCCAGGGGGGGCCAUGAAGGUCAGGAGGUCAACUCGUGGGCCAUGGGAAAGGAAAGGUCAGGCAGGGAUACAAAGUGACCACCAAUACAUAUUUAAUUAACCAGUGUGUGUGUGUGUGUGUGUGUGUGUGUUAUAAUAUUAGCUUUAGCGGGAUUAUGCUUAUUUCAGUAAUCUAAUAAGGUCAUGGAAAGAGGUCAGGUCACAUAGACGGCUCAUCUCCACUCUUAAGGUCAACAUAAGGUAAGAAAUAAGGUUAGGGGUAAGAAGUCAGUCUGAUCAUACAAAUACUUUUAAAUAAACGAAAAAAUAAAAUAUGGCCGGUAGGUAUUUCAAAAGAGGGAGGGGGAGGGGAGGGUGCAACUGCCACACUUCACUGCUUGGAAAUUCGUCAAAUGCUACUUUUUUAUAUACGUUUUAAUGUGUUAGGUUAAGGCGAAAGCACAAAUUGAUUAUAUUCUACCGAUAACACUACUAGGAAGAUAUAAAUAAGAAAAUAAUAAUGCCUAUACUCCACAACAGAAAGCCCAGCCAUCUCACAAUCAAUAACUGGGAACUUACUUACGAAUAACACUGUACUUCAUUGUAUAAGUAACAUUAUGGCAACAAUUAAAACAUUCAUUCUAGUCUUGCGCUGACCCCCCCCCCCCGCCCCCCUCACAAAGGUCACCAUGGCAACUGAAAGCGUCAACAAACACAACCUUGCAAUAUCAGAGGAAGGAAUCUAGAAAACAAUAUAAAUCCUGCUGUUACCUGUGCUGACUGGCCCCCAAUGACUGUGUAAAGGCGACAGGUGUACAGAUGCUAUUAUAAUUAUACGUGUUGAAAGGAGUAGAACGCGGAGGGAAAAGCCGUAGAAUACCCUGAGAACUUAAGACCUUUUUUUGACAACCAUCCUGCAAGCCAAGCAAAGAAUAUAAAAAUGAAUUCCUUGAUAUUGUAUAGUCUACCUGGCCUCCAAUGACUAUGUAAAGACAACAGGUGUGUGUCUGUGUGUGUGUGUGUGUGUGUGUGUGUGUGUGUGUGUUGUUACAUGUAAAAGAAGGAUGCAGAAAGUGACAAGGAGUGGUAACAUGAAGGAGUCCAGGGUGUUAUAUCUCCUGGAGUGAGUGAGUGGAAAGAAUAUAUUGUGAGUUAAAGAAAGAGGGAUAGACAGACAGGCAGCAACAAUGCCCUCCAUAGCAGAACAAAAGGCAAAGGUCAACAGCCAAAUUCAAGACCUCAGGAAGAAAAUACAACUGUCAGAGGGGGAGAGCAAGGCCUUCUAUGAGGAGAGCGAGGCGGAGAAGAGGACCAACAAGGCAGCCAUCACAAGCCUGCGAUCGGACAUUAAGCUCCUUCACAUCAGAAUACAGGAAGCCAGCCAGGGCAGCGAGCGGAGCGUCGAGCGAGUGCUGCUGCAGCGAGGGAGUGCAGGGAGUGGCGGGGGGAAGGCUCGGGGCAGCAGCAGCGCAGGGGGGGCCACUGGGGGAAAGAGCAGAGGUGGCAGCGGAGUAGGGGCGGGAGGCGGGAGAGUUUACAGCAGUGGGGGUGGUGGGGGAGGUGGUGGUGUAGUAAGCGUAGGGGGUGGAGGUGGAGGGACAGUGAGGGUGAGGAAGGCGGAGGACACCAUCACCACCACCCAGUACAGACUCCACGACCAGGUGAAGAGACUCAACUUUCUGAACCACACUGUUGCCCAGCGAGAGGAGCGGCUGCAGAACCUAAAGAUACUGCUGGGAGAGGCAACGUCAGACAGGGCACAGCUUGAGCAGGCGAGCAUCCAGGAGCUGCAGCAGGAGCUCAUUGGACUGGAGAACGGUCUGGAGCGUGUGGGCGUGAGUGUGAGCGAGGCCGAGGGUGUGAGGCGACGCUACUCCAGCAUGGUGACGGCCCUGCGGGGGGAGGCUGCUGCCCACCGCACCACCCUAGACCAGCUCCACAUGCGCCUCACUCAGGAAAGGGAGACACUCACACACCUUAGGGAGUCUCGAAAGAAGGCUGAGAAGACCCGUGACUCCCUGAGGACGAGGCUACACCAGGAGGAGGAGAGUGCCUAUGAGACCAAGAGGGAGAGGGAGAAGAGGCUGUCAGAGUAUAGGCGGCGUGCAGAGGAGCGACGAGUGCUGGACUUCGGUUUGUCCGCUGACCGUCGCCUCUCAAUACUGCGCUCGCCCCCCACACGCCGGGACUCCCCCUCGGCCACUGCCCUCACCCCUCACGAUGCUCAGGAGAUGGUGGAGGCUGAGCUUGAGAAAUACCAGCAGAUCUUCACUAAACUUAAGGAGGUGUUGGGGGUGACAAGCGUGGAUGAGGUCGUGGAGCGCCUCACCACGCAGGGCAACACCAAGGAACACCUCCGCCAGCUGCGAUCAGUCACGCUGGAGGAGGUGACGCGCCUCAAGCAGGAGAAGGAGACCAUGCAUGAGGAGCUGCACCGCGUCAAGUACACCACCACUGAGGAUGCUGCCAGGAUGGUGGGGGUGAUCAGUGAGCUGCGGGAGCGUGUGGAGGAGCAGGAGAAGCUGAAGGAGGACCUGGAUGGCCGGCUCGAUGGGACCAUGAAGGUGCUCACGGGCGUCAGGGCCGGGCUGGAGCACGUGGCGGAGAAACUGGAGAGCCAUGAGGAGCCACGACCGGCCCGGAGUGAGGUGGAGUCCCCGCUGGAGUACCUGGUGCUGCUGAUGGGGUACUGCCGGACACGAGCAGACGCCCUCAUGCAACAGAUCAGCAAUAUUGCUCAGCUUCAGCACAAGCUGGCCGAGAUGCAGGAGGAAGAGAGGGAGAGCGGUGGGAGUUCCAUGGUCUCCCCCGAGAACAUCCGAGUCUCAUUCCCCGGUGCAGUGUCCACCAAGGCCUCCCAGCAACAGGUGGAGGAAGGAGCAGACAGUGGAGAGGAGGAGGAGUCCCUCACACGCAAGUUUAUCAAGCGGCAAGCACAGAUGAUUGUGGAGGCCAAGGCUCGCAAGAGAAACCGUCCAGUGUCCACCUUCAAGUCUUAAGACAAAGGGAAAGACUGACGACCCACCAAAUGGAUGAGAAUAUGGAAAAAAAUAAUAGCCUGCACAACACAGCAUAUGGAUCUUUUUUUUUCCUUAUUUACAGGAAGGGAGACUGCCCAAGUGCUAAACAAGAUGCACUCUUCCCCAAUAAUAAGAAUGACCAAAACUUGUUCCAAAGCCAUUUAGUUGCCUCCCUCUUCAAAUUUAUCAAGAUCACUCAUGACAAAACCUAAGUUACCGUAUUACUUUAAAUCAAGCAAUGAAAGGAACGUAGUAUCAGACAUCAUACAAAACUAACUCAGAUGUAUUCAGUAUUAAUCCACAAUUUCAAAUAAAAAAAUAAAAGAUAGAAAUUACCAAGGAAAAUUGAGCAGAUAUAAAAAUGAACUGUAAAUAAAUAAACAAAAUGAAAUGUAAGAGCAACAUUCAUUGUGACAAGUUGAUCUUUUUUCCACAUUUCAAUUUCCCUAAGUUAAUUUCCUGAGGAGUACUAAUUAGAAUGAGAUGCACAAGUUAGCAAACAUAGUGGAGGUUU